AUGGCCACCACUAGAGCCAAAAAAGAGCAGGAUGGAGGAGAUGACAAGAAGCAGCCGCAGAAGAAGAAGGUGAAGGAGCUGAAGAUUCUUGACUCCAAGGCUUCACAGAACCUGUCAAUUUUCCUGGGAUCAUUCCGUCUCCCUUAUGAAGAGAUCAAGAAUGCCAUCCUGGAGGUCAAUGAGAAGAUCCUAACGGAAUCCAUGGCUCAGAACCUGGUCAAACAACUGCCAGCACCAGAGCAACUGAGUGUCCUGGGAGAGAUGAAGGAUGAAUAUGAUGACUUGGCUGAGUCCGAACAGUUUGGAGUAGUGAUGUCCAGCGUGAAGCGACUGAUGCCACGGCUCCAGGCCAUCCUGUUCAAGCUGCAGUUUGAGGAGCAGCUUAACAACAUUAAGCCAGAUGUGGUUUCUGUGACAGCAGCCUGUGAGGAGCUCAGGCAAAGCCAGACCUUCUCCAAGCUGCUGCAGAUCAUCCUUCUUGUCGGGAACUACAUGAACUCUGGUUCUCGCAAUGGAAAAGCAUUCGGCUUCUCCCUAUCAUACCUGUGCAAGCUGCGUGACACCAAAUCAGCUGAUCUGAAGCAGACACUGCUUCAUUUCCUGGCUGAUGUGUGCCAGGAGCAGUAUCCUGAGAUUAUGAGCUUUCCAGAUGAGCUCAUCCAUGUGGAAAAGGCCAGCAGAGUUUCUGCAGAGACAAUUCAGAAGAACCUAGAGCUGAUGGGCCGUCAGAUCAAGAACCUUGAGAAGGAUCUGGAAACCUUCCCUCCUCCACAAAAUGACAAGGACCUGUUUGCAGAGAAGAUGUCCAGUUUUGUGAUCAGUGCCCAUGAGCAGUAUGAGAAGCUGGAUCUUAUGCAUAAGAAUAUGGAGAAACAAUAUACUGACCUUGGAGACUGUUUUGUCUUUGACCCGAAAAAAAUGUCUGUAGAGGAAUUCUUCGGGGACCUCAACACCUUUAAAAACAUGUUUCAGCAAGCAGUGAAGGAGAAUCAGAAGAGGAAGGAGGCUGAAGAGAAGAUCAAGAGGGCCAAGCUGGCGAGGGAAAAAGCAGAGAAGGAGAAGGAGGAGAAACUCAAGAGGAACCAGCUCCUUGACAUCAACGCAGAGGAUGAUGAAACUGGUAUCAUGGAUGGCCUGUUGGAGGCGCUGCAGUCCGGCGCUGCUUUCAGGAGAAAGAGAGGACCCCGGCCAGCAGCCAACCACCGACGAGCUGGUCAUGCAGUGACCAACAUCCUGGCCAAAGAGUUGAUGCAGGAGGACACGCCUUCGUCAAGUAAACUGCCCGCAAAGAAGAAGUCAGAUGAGAAAGAGGAGGCUAAACUAGAGGGGGCAGAGUCAUUGGAGGAAUUACUGGAUGUUGCUCCCUCUCGUUCUAAUUAGGCAGAGCAGGCAGAAAGUUUUUACUCAGAGUCAGUGAUAUCCAAACGCAGAUAAAUUUCUUAGACAUUCCAGGGGCCAAUAUCAAUCUGAGAUUAUCUUAGUGAAAAAAGGCCUGUGUUCUUCUGACCUUUGUCUUAACAGGACCAUCUUUUAGGGUAGCACUGACUGUGUCUUCUGUGAGGACUGAGAGAGGCAGAGCAUGAAGGCAGGGCUCUCCCCUAAACUCUCGAAUGUCCCUCAUCAACAUUUGGAUUUUUGCCAGUGUCAUAAAAAUGUUAAUUGCUUUGUUCAGCAUGUGCACAUAUCUGUUAACGUAUUCUUGUCUGUUUCUGUUCUCUGUAUUUCUGCAUCACUGAAUUCACUUGUCUUUCACCAGCGGGCAUCUUGAGGAAUUCCAAAGACUUACUCAGGAGGGAUCCACCCUUUAUUUUGAGGUUAUUUCCAAAUUCUAAAUUUAACUUUGGAAUGUCUGGAAUUAGGCACAUCCUACGACAGCUUCAUAGGUUUCUCUGGAUGUUUCAGCCAUGAUCACUUUGCGCUUUUUUUUUUUUAACCUACAAAACUUAUUGUGUUAUGUCUGUCUAAUAUACUGUAUGUAACUGUCUAAUAUACUGUGUAAAUGUUAAUCAUUUUUGCUGUAUUAUUGAAAAAAGUGCCAACCAGUAGAAAUCCAGUCUUGUCAUUUCACCUCCAGGUUUUGUCCAGUCACAGUUUGCACUGGGGUGAUGUGUGGAGCAGUCAUCACCUGGGUGUUUCAGUGUGUUGUUUGUUUAAUGAGAAGGGAUUUAGUGCACUUGUUUGCAUGUAUCAGUUACAUAUCACAUAAAAAUGAGGAUAAUUUACAUAAACUUGUCUACGCUGUAAUGCCACACAUGCCUACAACAGUUACAUGUUACAUCUUUCAUCCAUGAACAUGAACACUCUCAUAAACCCCAGAGGGAAGUAUAGUUAGAUGGGAAGAGAAAGUUCUUUCACAGUCAGUUAAACCAAAAAAGAAACUUUGCAUUUUAAAAGGGUGUUUCCAUACAAAAGCUGGCCUGAGCAGUUUACAUGCCUGUGUGUGUGUGUGUGUGUGUGUGUG